AGAUAAAUUUUGAUAUAAAUAAAAUUGGCUCUACUUAUUUUCUAUUUUUCUAUUUCUUUUAAAAAAAGUGUGAUCAAACGCAAUUUUGAUAAUUUGACGGUGAUGUGGCAGUAUAUAGAGCCUUGGAUGAUGUGAAUGGUCCAGAUUCAUUUGAGUGCACUGACUGCAUGGAAAUAAAUCAAUAAUGAAUGCAGUGAAUCCAGAUCCAAAACCCUUAAAACCUUCAUCUCUACCGUGUUUUCACGGCCGCCGCAACCCAUCAUCUUCUACGACGGUCUCCUUUUUUCUGAAUUAAUCGAAGAUGACUCGCGGCAUAAAAAAUCGCCAAAAGGCAAAGAACAAGAACAAAGCCAAGAAACGGGGUGAAGCAUCUUCUUCAGGGCCACAAAUUCCGGUUAAAGUGUGGCAACCUGGUGUUGAUAAGUUGGAAGAAGAUGAAGAGCUUCAGUGUGAUCCUUCUGCUUACAACUCUCUUCAUGGUUUUCAUAUUGGAUGGUCUUGUCUUAGCUUCGAUAUUUUACGUGAUACCCUGGGCUUGGUUCGAACUGAGUUUCCGCACACAAUGUAUUUCGUGACAGGGACACAGGCUGAGAAAUAUUCUUGGAAUUAUAUUGGAAUUUUUAAAGCAUCCAAUAUUUCUGGGAAGAGACGUGAGCUGUUGCCGAAACAUGGAAGUAGUGACUCAAUGGAUGAUGAGGAUAGUGAUAGUGAGGAUGAUAGUGAAGAUGAAGAAGAAGGUGGUGCUGGGGGUCCUACUUUGCAGUUGCGGAGGGUAACUCACGAAGGUUGUAUCAACAGGAUACGCUCCAUGACACAAAAUCCCCACAUAUGUGCAUCUUGGGGAGAAUCUGGUUAUGUGCAGAUCUGGGACAUGAGCGCUCAUCUUACUGCUCUAGCUGAGACAGAAAUAGAAGGUGUCCAAGGAGUUGAUGCAGUUCAGGUUCCAUUACAAAAAUUUAAGCACAGAGAUGAAGGCUAUGCUAUAGACUGGAGUCCUCUUGUUCCAGGAAGGCUUGUAUCUGGGGAUUGCAAUAACAAUAUUUAUCUUUGGGAGCCUACAUCUGCGGCAACAUGGAAUAUUGACAAAACUCCUUUUACUGGACAUACCGGUAGUGUUGAAGAUCUGCAAUGGAGCCCUGGAGAACCUCAUGUUUUUGCUUCUUGUUCUGUGGAUAAAAGCAUUGCAAUAUGGGAUACUCGUUUGGGGAGGUCACCAGCUGCUUCUUUUGAAGCACAUAAAGCUGAUGUGAAUGUAUUGUCAUGGAACAGGUUGGUCAGUUGUAUGUUGGCGUCGGGUAGUGAUGAUGGGAAUAUAUCUAUUCGUGAUCUCAGAAUGCUUAAGGACGGAGAUGCUGCUGUGGUAGCGAGGUUUGAUUAUCAUAAGCAUCCAAUCACAUCCAUUGAGUGGAGUCCGCACGAAUCUUCUUCAUUGGCUGUUUCAUCUGCUGAUAAUCAGCUUACAAUAUGGGACCUUUCUUUAGAAAAGGACGAGGAAGAGGAAGCUGAAUUUAAAGCUAGAACCAAAGAACUAGUAAACGCUCCUGAAGAUCUGCCUCCUCAACUAUUGUUUAUUCACCAGGGACAAAAAGACCCGAAAGAACUGCAUUGGCACACACAGAUUCCCGGAAUGAUAGUAUGUACUGCAGCAGAUGGAUUCAACGUCCUCAUGCCUUCAAAUAUUCAGAACACCUUGCCAUCAGAGCCUGAGAUUUCAAGCAUCACUUCAUAAGGCAGAUAUAUCUGCUAUAGAUAUUGCUAUUUUAGUUUGGAUACGGUGUUUCGCGGUGCAAACAUCCAGAAUCUAUCUAAAGUUAUGUCAAAGAAAUUUUGCUUUUGGACUUUUUUGUUUGUUAUUUAUUAAUUUCCUUAUCUGCUUGUGCUAAAGUUUUGGAAUAUUUGAGUUGUUUUAAGAUGGUGGUGGAAGCUAAGCAGAGAUUUAUGCAAACUUUGCUUGCAUUA